AGGCAACACUGAAUUAAUUUACAAAAGUGAUAAUUUUGAUUAAAUAAAUUAAAGCGUUGACAAUACGACGAAAUGUUUUUGAUUAAAAUUGCCAGAUGCUCUCAGUCUUUCAGCUUAUUUCAACCGAACCACAUCGGAAAAAGCUUCAAUAGUAAUUUUGUGAGAAAUUUUGCAGAUAAAAUGGGUUUACCGAGAGUUUUCUUUGAUAUGGCUGCCGAUGGCAACGCAGUUGGACGCAUCGUAAUAGAGCUCCGCACUGACGUUGUACCAAAAACCUGCGAGAACUUCCGUGCAUUGUGCACCGGUGAAAAGGGUUACGGCUACAAAGGCUCUACAUUCCAUCGCGUCAUCCCCAACUUCAUGUGUCAAGGAGGUGAUUUUACGAACCACAAUGGCACUGGAGGAAAAUCCAUCUACGGUAAUAAAUUUGAAGAUGAAAACUUCACUUUGAAGCAUACUGGACCUGGAAUUAUGUCCAUGGCAAAUGCUGGACCCAACACAAAUGGAUCACAAUUCUUCAUCACCACUGUUAAGACGUCGUGGUUGGAUAAUCGUCAUGUUGUUUUCGGAUCGGUUGUGGAAGGCAUGGAUGUUGUUAAGAAGAUUGAGUCGUACGGAAGUCAAUCUGGAAAGCCGUCGAAAACCAUUACUGUCACCAGCAGCGGCCAACUUUAAAUCAUUCAUUAAUAAUUCCUCCCCUUUUUUUCUCAUGAUUAAUUUCUUGUACUCCUCACUCUCCAUUAACACAGUUUUAACCAUUGGAUUUGAAUAAUUGUAUCAUUCAACUUACAUUUAUAUAAAUGGUAAAGCAUUAAAAUUUGUUUUCAAACCCACAAAAUUCCUUCUACCUAGAUAAAUAAUUUCUUUUUCUUCAUAAUUUGACUAUUUUCCUUAAGUUUUUUGCGUUACAUUGGAAAGUGUUUCUUAAGAUUGAUUUUGGCACGGAUUUUUUAAAAUGGAUCAAUGGCAUUUAUAAAUCUUUACAAUAUUUAGUUGGCAAAAUAAAAACAAAUAGAUUCAACAAACUAACAAUA